CUUUCGCAGGUUCCACGGCGCGCUUGUCAGCCUGGCACCGACCCGGGUCGCUCUUCGGGGGCGCGAGUGGGAAUCCGCAAACACAUGGAAAUAGCGAGAAAAGCCGAGGACGUUUGUGAUCGGCGGCGGCGGCACGUGCUCCUCUCCUCUCCUCUCCUCUCCCCCCCUCCUCACAUGAGUUUUUGAAGAGGGAGGGCUGCUUUCUCAUCCUCUUCCUCAUCUGGCGUCGGAAGGGGCGCACAGCCGCGCGAGCGAGGUGAGCCAUGACUCUGAGCUCCGAGAUGUCGGAUGCCUCCAUCCUUUCCGAGGAGACCGACAUCGACGUGGUCGGCGAGGGCGAGGAUGGGGACACCCACACGCGCUCCUUCGUGGACGAGGUGGCGCAGAUGCACGACGGCAUCCUGCUGGCCGGCUCGCCCCCUCCGUGCCUGGACAGCUCCACCUCCUCCAGGGAUGCCUACAAGCCGGCGGGCAAGAACACCCUGGUGAAGCCCCCGUACUCCUACAUCGCCUUAAUCACCAUGGCCAUCCUGCAGAGCCCCAAGAAGCGGCUGACCCUCAGCGAGAUCUGCGACUUCAUCAGCAACCGCUUCCCCUACUACCGGGAGAAGUUCCCGGCCUGGCAGAACUCCAUCAGACACAACUUGUCCCUCAAUGACUGCUUCGUCAAGAUACCCAGGGAGCCCGGGAACCCCGGGAAGGGCAACUACUGGACCCUGGACCCGGAGUCCGCCGACAUGUUCGACAACGGGAGCUUUCUGAGGCGCAGGAAGCGCUUCAAGCGGCAGCAGACGCAGGACCUGCUGCGGGAACACAACACUUUCCUCCCCGCGGCCGCCGCUUAUGGCUACGGACCGUACGGCUGCGGGGGCUACGGCAUCCAGCUGCAGUCCUACCACACACACUCCGCGCUUUUCGCUUUCCAGCAGCAGCAGCAGCAGCAGCAGCACUCCAGGCAUUCCCACGCGGGGAGCCUGAUCCCCUCCCCGUCCCUGAUGCCCACCACCACGGACCUUUCCCGGAGUAGGUUUUACCCGCAGCUCAGCUCCACGCUGGGCGCAGCGAGCGCGCAGGCUGCGUCCCCGGUGCACAAGUCCAGCUCCCCGGUGCAGCGCUCCCCUUUCUCCAUAGAGAGCAUCAUCGGGGGGUCCCUGAGCCCCUCCAGGACUUCCCCGGUCGUCGUGCCGGUCUUACCGUCCUCCCUGAGGCCUCCGGCGGCCGGCCAGCCGCAGAGCGCACACCCCGGAGCCGUUUUACACCCGGUCGAAAACUUUCCAAACAGAGUGGUCGGCGGCACGAACGCCUGUUAAAAUGUCUUAACUGCAAAGUUUUCAAGAAACUUUUUUUUUAAUUUUAUUUUUUAAAGAAACUGCAACAAAAACAAAAACGCCCCCUUUGAAGGUAGGAUUAUUUUUGUAUGUUUGUUUGAUAGCACGCAGCUGAAUGAUGGACAUACGAAAACACUAUUUGUGCCUAUAUUCAUGCUGUUUAUGAAGAUAUAUUUAUGUUAAUUUUUUUUUUCUCAGUGUGAAUCAGACUUUCUACCACCAACUUUGCUUGUAUUUUCCAUGAAGUGAUUCGUUCCAGUCACUGUUUUAGGGCGUCUCAGGAUAAUGACUUAACGGACAGGUUAUAAAUGAUCACAUGUUUAAAAUAGGCUAAUAAUGUAUUUGUGUCAAACACAUUCAUGUUUUUUUCUAUUAGCGAAUCAAAACAAAAGUUUUGAUUUGACCUUUGUAUUAAAAAAAAAAGCCCCACAGAGAGCAGAAGUCAUACAUUUAUAAUAAUAUGCAGUGUGUGUUUAUUUCAGUAAUAAAACAUUGUACAUUUUUUGGGCAAGUAUUGUGUAAUUGA